GAGGGUCUCUGAAGACAGGGAUUUGGGGGUCCCUGGAUGCAGGGGGUCCCCAAGCGUGUUCCUUUGCCAGGUGCCGCCAGCGAUGGAAGCGCCCCCCGAGCCCUUCGCCCAAAUCAAAGGGGCCGCAAGAUCCCCCGAGGGCGCGAGGCAGGAGGACACGGGGGCCGGGAUCUCCCGCGUGGGGCUGGGCGACCAGGACGGCGAGGGCGCGGGCGCGGGGGUCGCCUCCCCAGCCCAGGUGCUGCUGCGAGGCGGGGAGGGCCUGGCGUGGGCCGCCCCUGCGGGAGAGGCUGGGAAGCACCUGCUCGUGCUGCAGACCGUGCACCUGCAGGCCGGGGAGGAGGAGGAGGAGGCGGAGGAGAAGGAGGCCGAGCCCCAGGGCGGGGUGCGCGUGGUGAUGCAGGACGAGGCGCCCGUGGUUGUCGUGGGAGAGGGGGUCGGCGCGCAGCAGGACGUACCCCCGGGGGUGGCCAUCAGCCUCCAGGACGGCAUUUACACCUUUCAUGACAUGGAGCUGAUGCAGAUCAGUGUCUUGCAAGACGCAGCGCCUGGGAAGAGCAAAGAAAGCAAAUCCACGGAGAAGUUCGCAGACGUGCUACUCAUUAAGAUUGAUAGAAGUAAAGAGGUGCUUGCAGUUGAAGGGAAGGUUCACCAGGCACCCACAGCUGAGGAGGUGAGAGGAAGCGAACUUCCUGCUAUCGAGGGAAAAAAGAUCCAGAGCUGUAAACCCGACGGUGGUAGAUCAGCAUCACGCCAUGACUAUAAAGAGGAAGAUGCGACUCCAUCAGAAGAAGCAGAUAUAAAGUAUACAGAGACUUUCAGAGCUCAGACAAAUGCACUUCAGCAGAAGGAAGCAGAAAAGGAGACUUUCAGUUGUGUCCUUUGCACGUUCACCUCUCUCCGAAUGUCGAGCCUUAACCGCCACAUGAAAAUCCAUUCUGAUGAAAAACCCCACCUGUGCCAUCUCUGCCUAAGGGCUUUCCGUACAGUUACUCUCCUGCGUAACCACAUGAACACACAUACAGGGACCAGGCCAUAUAAAUGCAGUGACUGUGACAUGGCAUUUGUGACCAGCGGUGAGCUUGCACGACACAGGCGUUAUAAGCAUACUCUAGAAAAGCCCUUUAAGUGCACACUGUGUAAAUACUGUAGUGUAGAAGCGAGCAAAUUGAAGCGGCACAUCCGCUCACACACAGGAGAGCGUCCUUACCACUGCUCUCUCUGUAGUUAUGCUAGUAAGGAUACCUAUAAGCUGAAAAGACACAUGAUAACUCAUUCAGGUGAAAAACCCUAUCAGUGUUAUGUUUGUCAGGCAAGAUUCACUCAAAGCGGCACCAUGAAAAUCCACGUAUUGCAGAAGCAUAGUGAAAACGUGCCAAGACAUCAGUGUCCGCAUUGUGAGACAGUUAUUGCAAGGAAAAGUGACUUACGUGUCCACUUGCGAAACCUGCAUUCCCACCUGGCUGUGGCCUUGAAGUGCAGUUACUGUGAAGCAGUCUUCCACGAGCGCUACGCUCUCAUUCAGCACAAGAAAACUCACAGAAAUGAGAAGAAAUUCAAAUGUGAUCAGUGCAGCUAUGCAUGCAAGCAGGAACGACAUUUGAUCGUGCAUAAGCGCAUCCACACUGGCGAGAAGCCCUUCAUUUGUCUGUGUUGCAGUAAAUGUUUCCGACAGAAGCAGCUUCUGACUGUUCAUUUCAGGAAAUACCAUGAUUCCGAUUUUAAACCAGCAGUUUUUGAGUGUCCUAAGUGUGGCAAGAGCUACUCACGCUGGAGUAACAUGCAUAAGCAUGCUGAAACCUGUGGAUUUACGAGAACAAACGCUAUUAGAUCCAGCAAAGGAAGCAAGGGUAAAAAGAAGAGAUGUAGGAGCCUAGAACAUGCUAAGCAAGAAGCUGUUGAUCAAGGCUCAUUCCAAGAUGUUUCCAUUAUGAACAUGGAGGAUUGUGGCACUGAGAUUGUUCCUGUCACAUAUGGCAUAGAAAUGACUACCCCAAGGGAGCAGAAAAUAGAAAUGACAUGUGACAUGCUCUUCGACACGAUGGACAAAUAAAGCACGUUCUGGUUGCUCAUUGUUGUUGCUACUGCACAGAAUAGCAGUCUGCAGCCUAGCACAAAGUUUGUAAGCAUGUUUAGGGAACCAAGCUGCAACAGGUACUAGUUUCAAGGUCCUGUCUUUUUUUCUACCAUGAUAUACUACACAUCUUUGAUAAAAGUUGCUAGAAAAUGGUCCUCUAGAGUUGCAAUAUGGUCAAACGUAUUUGCAUGGUCAAAUAUAUUUGCUUGAGGAAAAAGCACAGAUUUUCAAAUUAACUGGAAUUGUUUUCCAGAUUUAUUUGCAGAAUUGCCUACAGAUUUUUAUUCCUCAGUAGUUCUGUUCUUGUCCAGUUCAGCGCUUCAGCAUAUUUACGCAUGCCUCAGCUGAACACUUCGAGAAAGGCAAUAUAACUCUGAUGCAAGAAUCGUUCUAAGGAUCCGAACAGAGUCUCUGACUAAUGUUCUGUAGUUGGCUAAAAGCAUAUAUUUUUUCAAAACCUUUAAGCUGUGAUAGCCAUCUGAGAACUUUGUCAGAAGUUUGUUGUAAUAGCAUCAUUCUUUUUACAGAGCACUUUUAAUAUGCUCACUUUAAAGAUGCUUCCAGUAAAGUAUAAGAGAGCUCAUACAGCCAAGCCUUGGAAAGCCAUGGGCCGGCUUCCUCUUUCACGUAUUUUCCACAAGCGUAACUCCAUUGAUUUUGUUACACUUGAGAUCGUACGGCAGUAUGAGAGGAUGCUCAUCCCCCUAUGGCGUUUGGUUGGUUGUUAGUACCUUACAGCUGCUUUGAGAUUUUGUGCAAGAAGCUGUAAUAGAGGUAAAAAUAGCAAAUAGUUGAUGUUUUAUAUUAUGUUUUGUUACCUUUUUAUCACUUGUUCUUUUUUAUUGUUUGUGUGAUUACAAAAAUGAUUUUGUACACCUGAUCCAAGGCUCACUGAUGUCUCCCAUUAAAUUUUAAGAGCUAUGGAUUGGGCUUCUCUAGUAAGGUAUGCUUGUGUUCAGAAAUAGUGGGGAGUACUUUUUAGAAAAAAAGAAAGCAUUGAACACCUCACUUUAAUCUGUUUGUAAGAAUUGCUGUUUGUAUACCAGUUUUACUACUUAGCCUCCACAAUUGAUAAACAUGUUAAAAUAAUUAGUGAUGGUACUAUUGAUUGUUACUGUUAGUUCACUGAAUACAGUUACCAUUCCUGGAGUAAUUCAUUUUUGCUGUCAUUUAAAAUUCCUCUUUGAAAGCAUGCUCAUAACAUUUUAAAUAUCUACUUUCAAAAUAUUAAAAACAUUUCAAAAUAUUUUUCAGUGCUAAUAUUUUUGUUUUACUGUUUAUUAUAGCUAAGUAGCCAAGACAGGUCAUAUAAUGAACAAAUAAUUUAAUCUGAAUUUAAAGAGCGCCGCAUGGUUGGGUUUGAUGAGUAUUUCAAAUCUUGUGGGCUUUACUUAUUCAAAAUGCCAUUGCCAGAGCUACUCCAUUGGUUUUGUCUGAGGAAAAAUGCAAAAUUUGGCUCAUGUUAAUUGUUUGCUGAUAUAUUUCUAAUAAUUAAAUUAAAAGGCAAGUAUAUUAACACAAAGUGACAUAUACCAUGCACAAAAUGAUACCCCACUUAUUUUCUGCAUGUAGCCAAGGACAAUAAGAUUCCUCUAUGUAUUGUAUAUUCUGUACAAUACUGUACAGUAAACUGUAUUUUAAUCAUUCACAUCUUAAGGGACUCUUAGGUGUUUUGGUACUUUUAGGAGACAACACAUAAAUAUUCAGUUAGUACAUUGUAUUAACAAUUCUGUCCUAUCUUUCUGUUACAUGCUAUUUAUAAUAAGUUCGCUUCUAAAGUUAGCAACAGCCUGACUGUAAAAUAGGGCCAGUUCUGUGAUAUGCUGAGAGCCUUCGACUGCUGUUGAAGCUGAAGAAGCAACGUAUGGGUGUUCAGUCCUUCAUAGAAGGCAUCUGACACCUUCUGGAGUAUCCAGUUUUACAAGAUAUGCUAUCUGAGGGCAGGACCAAAGUCCUUACACAAGCCAGUACCAGUAGAUACUUGGAUAAUGGAGCUGAGACCCUCUCCAGUUCUAUAACAUAAGUAUUUUAGAGUCACUGAGUAGAAAGGGCACUUUAAUUAGUUAACAUUACAGGUUGGUUUUGCCAUCAUUCCUUUCUAAAAUGCUAUAUGGAUCUUCCACAUCCAUAGCUAGCACGUUUGGGCAUUUUCCCUAAUGGUAAUGUUUACCCGUUUCUAUUAAGCUGAUAGUUGAUGCUGAUUACUUGAGUCUUCUAAAAAGACUUAGAUUAUAAUAGUGGUUUUCUUUCUAUUUCAUUUUUAUUACAAAUGUUUGAAUGAUACUGUUGGCAUAAUACAUUUUAAAGUCAUGUUGACAGUUUAGAUCUGAAAAUCAUAGCAUUUGGUUUCUUUGUUAAAAUUAAUAAAAGCUGUAUGUUGAAGAAAC